AUGGUCGGCACCUUCACGCGGUGUUCUGGCAAAGAACAACAGGUCGGGGGUCUUCAGUUGGCUUUCCUUCAGAAGGAUCACUUUCUCCCCGCUUCAAGCCUUUACCACUUCAUGGGCGAAAGCCGCUAUCAAGAAGCCCACCUCUUCAACGCCGUACCCGACCCCUCCUCUCCUCUCGGAAUGCCCACACCAUCCACUACACAGAGGUCUCAGCCUAACAUGCAUAUCCAUAUCAGAACAGACAAGAUGGAGCCUAAAGAGUCCCAAGACGACUCGACUGGAGCUAAGCUCACACGUGGUCACAUCCUCGAAAAGCUAGACCUUGUGGCAGCGCCGUCUCGGGCCCCGAAAAAGGUCAUCGCCAAGGCGUAUGACCUUACCAGUAUCGAGCUCUUCAUGCUCGGUGACCUUGCUGUACCAUGGGCGAGGAUCGACGGCGACGCGAAAGAAGAGUCCCUGACCACGGAGAUGCUUGAGAACUUUCUCAAGGCGGUUUUCAAGAAGUGGGACGGCACAAACGGCACCCCCAACAUCCCAGAGAAACCGGCAGCGAGGAACAAGCGCGAGAUGUCGGUCCAGGAGGCCAAGGCUCGCAAACUCGGUUCCUCCGCCUGGUUAGCGGUGUCGACCGAACACCCAGAGGUCGUCGAGUUCGAACUCCGCGACGAAAACCAGCGAAUGAUCUCUCAGAACAAGGUCAAGGUCAACUAUGGCUCUGACAUAACCCAGGACAGCGCCCGGAUCCAGGCCAUGCGGGUUUUCGACCAGGCUGAGGCAGCCCGAGCUGAAGAGUUCAAUAAAAAACUGCUCAUCGCUCUGGCUCGCAACCGGAUUGUGGCCUUCGCAAAGAACGGGAAUGACCCAGAGAAUUCACCCUCUCCUUUGAUCGCCGCCGACCACCAGUUGGGCAAACGUCUCUUCGAGCCAAACUUCGUGGGUAUCACGGUGACAACCACAUGGGUCUGCUCCAACACUCCAACAUGCGGCACGCCUGGGACAGGUGGCAUGUACUACGGUUUUACUCGUCAAGCCGGGGUAGUUCCAAACUACCGAGUUGUCGGAGUCUGGACCAAACCCAAUAGACUCCGAUCAGACGGCCAAGUAGUCCAAGACAUCAAAAGGUGGAUGCCGGUGUUCUUUGAAGGUCUUCUCAUGGUCUACCUCGGCACUUAUCAUGUCACCCACAAGUCAAUCCCAGAGCAACAGGCUGACCUAUUCUCCGAAGCAUCAUACGAGCUGGUGGAUAAGCUGAGGUCUGGCCUUGAUCUUUCCGAGGAGGAGGACGGCAUGCAGGUCAAGGAGGAAACGAGACACUGGGAUGUCAUUAGAUUACACUGUCUUAAGAGUAGCUAG